UACGUGAUUUUAGAGUAUAACGACAGAUUAUUGGGAUGGAGAAUGACAUUCUCGUCUCUCUUGAAGAUUUAGGGUACCUGGGCCCUCUGUUGGAGGAAGGGGCUCUGGAUUCUGCUGUGAGCAGAGGAGCCGCUUCACCUGAGUUCACUAAGCUCUGUGCCUGGAUCAUCUCAGAGCUUAGACUGUACUGCAAGCUGGAGGAAAAUGUCCAUGCCACCAACUGUCCGAGCGAGGCAGAGAGCUUUCAGCUGGAGAUGAGCGGUCUGCUGUCAGAGCUCGCCUGUCCUUAUUCUAUCCUCACCAGUGGAAGCAUCACCCAGAGGCUUCUCAACAGGACCGACUGUCUGCUUCUCCUCAGUAUGAUAACAGCACUUUGCAACAUCUCACUUUAA